GUAUAGAUAGUAUACUACACAGAACACGACAGGUAUAUACAACAACAAAAAAAUGAAAAAAGUUGUUUUUGGGGGUAGGGCCCAUUGAAUAUUUAAUUUCGUAAAAAGCUCUGCCAUUUUGGUUCACUUUCAUACAGUAUCUUAGUAGGACAACAAACCAAGUGGGAGUAUGGUGACUAAUGCAACCGGAAUUGUGUGUGUGUGUGUGUAUGUUUGUGUGUGUGUGUGUGACAGCUUUCGUUGGGUCCCGAGUUUUUGAAUAACCGACCGAAAUAUAUUCAAGUUUGACGUUUCUUGCCCCGCAGUGGGAACGAACAAAAAAUACUCCUCCCGGACCCCGGGUUUGGUUCAGCGUGUCGUGUGCCACAGCCACAGUCAGUCGGCUGCUGGCUUCUGCACGAACUGGUCGUGUUGUUGUUCGUGGCUGUUUCCCACCACCACCACCACAACACACAAACAUAUUUUCCACUAGUGUUUCUUAUCUUCUCAUUUCCUUUUGGAAGAAAGAAACAACAACACCUGAUACACAUACCUGUGUGGACAAGCGAAAGCUCUUUUCGUGCACACACGUACAUUCAUCAUUGUGAACGACGACGUGAAAGUCUCUUAGUUAUUGUUCUCUCCCUUCAUUCUCGUGGCCGGUGUUUGGCGAACCGCGAUAUACUACAUGACUGAGUGAAGAUACACACACACAGCAUAGAGACUCGACGAAGAAAAAGAAAGGGACGAGAGAAAGCCGCCUGUUAAAGGUUGUGUGUUGUGUUUUUUUUUUUUUUUUUUUUUUAUUGUGUGCGUGAGUCUGCGUGGGGGGAGGCUGUUUGUGCUCACACCAUGAUGAAUCACGAAGAGAUCGGUCGAGGAGACUUUGUUCUGCUCGACGAAAUUUCUCCCGACAGUUUCAUCCACAAUCUGCGAAUCAGAUUCAAUGGAGGGAAAUUUUACACUUACAUUGGCGAAGUGUGUGUUUCAGUCAACCCGUAUAGAACGCUGAAUAUUUACGGACCGGAUUAUGUCAGCCAAUACAAAGGAAGAGAAAUUUUCGAGCGGCCGCCGCACAUAUUCGCCAUCGGUGAUGCAGCCUACAAGACGAUGAAGAGAAAUGGCAAAGAUACGUGCAUCGUCAUCAGCGGCGAAUCGGGCAGCGGGAAAACCGAGGCUUCUAAAAUCAUCAUGCGUUACCUGGCAGCCGUGACAAACCUUAGCGGCCAGCAAGAAAUCGAACGAGUGAAAAACAUUCUUCUUCAGUCGAACGCAAUUCUGGAAACGUUUGGCAAUGCCAAAACGAAUCGCAACGACAAUUCUUCCAGGUUCGGCAAGUACAUGGACAUUCACUUUGAUUUCAAAGGCGAUCCCAUUGGCGGACACAUCAACAACUAUCUGCUGGAGAAAUCGCGUGUCAUUGUCCAACAAGCGGGCGAGCGCAACUUCCAUUCAUUCUAUCAGUUGUUGUUUGGAGCUCCGGAUGGUGAGGCGGCCAAGUUGCAGCUGAAACGUGACCCGACAUUUUACCACUUUUUGCGCCAAGGAGGCGUGGCCAAAGUGGAUUCCAUCAGCGACCGGACUGAUUACAAAAACGUUUCGUCCGCUUUCCGCGCCUUGAAUUUCGACGGCCCAUCAGUGGAUACCAUCUGGAAAAUUGUGGCGGCCGUUCUGCAUCUGGGAAAUGCGGAAUUCAAAUCGGAGGGCGACAAGACCCGCCUGGCCAAUUCUGCGACGCUGUCGACCGUGGCAUCUUUGCUCUGCGUCGACCCCAAUGAGUUGAACCGAGCCUUGUGCCAUCGUGUGAUUGCCGCCAACGGCGAAUUGAUGGAGAAAGGUCACACGACAUCCGAGGCUAUCUACGGCAGAGACGCCUUCGCCAAGGCCCUCUACGAUCGUCUGUUCUCGUGGAUUGUGGAGCGAGUUAACAGCGCCAUUGAAGUACAAAGGGCGGAUAGAAGCUAUAACGUACCAGGUACGGUUAUUGGUGUGCUCGAUAUUUACGGUUUCGAGAUCUUCGACAUCAACAGUUUCGAGCAAUUUUGCAUCAACUACUGCAACGAGAAACUGCAGCAGCUUUUCAUCGAAUUGGUGCUGAAACAAGAGCAAGAAGAAUACCGGCGGGAGGGCAUCGCCUGGCAAAACAUCGACUAUUUCAACAAUCAGAUCAUCUGCGAUCUGGUUGAGCAGCAGCACAAAGGAAUUCUCGCCAUUAUGGACGAGGCUUGCUUGAAUGUCGGACGCGUUACCGAUCAAAUGUUAUUGGAAGCGCUGGAUCAGAAACUUUCACAGCACAAGCAUUACACUAGUCGCAAGCUAAGCCCGCUGGAUAAAGAAUUGCGACACGGCUCCGAUUUUCGCAUUCGGCAUUACGCAGGCGAUGUAGUCUACGACGUUGGCGGAUUCCUGGAUAAAAACAAGGAUACAUUGUUUCAAGAUUUCAAGCGUUUGCUCUACAGUUCCAAGGACCCUAACAUUCGUCAUAUGUGGCCUGAAGGAGCCCAAGACAUCCACAAGACAACCAAAAGGCCACUGACAGCUGGAACGCUGUUCAAAAACUCGAUGAUUGCAUUGGUUAAGAACCUGACAUCUAAAGAACCUUUUUAUGUCCGAUGCAUUAAACCCAACGACCAAAAAUCCCCUGUGCUCUUUGAUGAAGAACGUGUGCGACACCAAGUCAGUUAUUUGGGGUUGAUUGAAAAUGUACGUGUUCGCCGAGCUGGUUUUGCUUACAGGCAGAGUUACGAUCGUUUCUUGAGGAGAUACAAAAUGGUUUCCCAAUAUACUUGGCCAAAUUUCCGUGGCGGAGCCGAUCGUGAUGGAGUCCGCAUUUUAAUCCAACAGCAAAAUUUCGACGAGGACGUUGUCUAUGGCAAAACGAAAAUCUUUGUUCGAUCACCGCAGACCCUCUUCAUGCUUGAACAAGCUCGCGCUCGACUCAUUCCGGGAAUAGUCAUUUUUCUUCAAAAAUUAUGGAGAGGAUCCGUUUGUCGUCGUCGCUAUAAGAAAAUCUUGGCUGCCAAAAAGAUUGUCGGCGCUUAUCGUCGGUACAAAAUGCGCGCAUACAUCAAACUCCUCAUCAGUCCGCUCCGCAAUGCGAAGCAGUUGCGGGACUACGGUUUAUCAGUGCAGUGGCCGUCGUCGCCGCUAAUUAUCGCCAAAUUGGUUAACAAGUUUCACGCUGCUUUUCAUCGCUGGCGAGCUUGGAUGGUUAUCCGAGCUAUCCCUAAUCAGGAUUGGCCACAACUCCGUCUUAAAAUUGCCGCCGCUGACGCAUUGCAAGGGCAACGUUCCGGCUACGGGCUGAAUCGCCGGUGGGAGGGAAAUUACGUAAGGGAUGAGCUGAACGCCCCUACGGCUCUGGUCACGUUGAAAACUAAAGACAGGAUCCAACAAAUCUUGUUUGCUUCUCGGAUACGCAAGUACAAUAAGCGCUUCAAGUCGAGUGAACGAGCUAUACUCAUCACAGAAGCUUCUGUCUACAAACUGGACGGGAAGACUUUCAAACCCAAGAAUAAAACCCCCUUGGUUGAGAUCACGGCGCUGAGCGUCAGUUCCGAGGAUGACCACCUUCUCGUCAUUCACUUGCGGAGUAACAAUGACCUGGUCAUUUCUCUGCAACCGGAUGAUCGAAAUGGAGGUAGCAGAGUCGGUGAAGCUGUCGGAAUUCUCCUGCAGCAAUGCGAAAAGUUGAACGGCAAACCUUUGUCGGUGAAAACUGGUACUCGAUUCCAGUGCAUGCUUGGUCGCAAGCCGCGUACUAUCCAUAUUGAUUCGAACAACGCUUCCAUUAGUGCCAUCAAUUUUGUCAAGCAAUCGAAAACAGAUAUUCUCUAUCAAUCGCCUACAAAUUCUAUCAAAGGUGUUGCGACCAAUGGUCAAAACGGCUAUCACUGAAACCGCCACUGAGAGCUUGGAAGUGUUAGUGGGACCAUUGUGGGUGGUUAGCUGUAUAAUGUAUGUUUUUUUUUUCUCUCUAAAUGGACGAUGAUUCAUCCAAUCUUAAUUAAAAGAGGUAUACAGAGCCAAUAUUAACAGUUUCUUAUGUGUAUUCAAAGUUAUUGGUGUUAUCAUAACGUGCCAUUUUUUAAAAAUUUGUGUACUUUACCUUUGUUUUCAUCUGGCAAUAGCCUAAAUACUGGAAAUCCGGGUUCGUAAAAAUUUUGUCUGGAUUUUUAUGGCUUAGCAAAAAUGUUAAUGUGUUCAUGUAAACAUCACAUUCGAUUUUAUAUUUUAAGUCGCCUUUAAAAAACUUAUUGGAAUUAUAUAGCUGUAAUCAAGGGGCUUCGAAUGGAUGAGAGAUUCUUAAUUACGUUUGCCUUUCCACUUAACUAAAGAAGUCAGUUAUAAACAAGGCAGUCAAUUGGUUCGGUACAGUCUUUGAAGGAAUUUUAUUAUUCAAUACACCGCUUGUGAAAUUUU